AUGAAAUUUUCUACUGUUUUUGUUUCUCUUUUUGGAGUUUACUCUCUAGCUGCUCCUGUUGCUGAAGCCAAUGCAAACCCUGAAGCCUUAGCAGCUCCAGUCGCUUUUGCCACGGCCAAUGCUGAGCCAGGAAAGAAGAAGAAGUGGGAAAAAAUAAUGUUUGGUCUCACUUGCAACGGAAAUGCUGCUGGAACUGGAACAACUACUACAGUUGCUGGAACCACCGGAGGUGCAGGAGGUGCUGGGGGUGCAGGAGGUGCAGGAGGUGCUGGGGGUGCUGGAGGUUCUGGUUCUGGUAACACUGCAACAAACAACAACAACAACAAUGCUGCUGGUAACAACAAUGCUAACACCAACGGAAACAACAACAACAACAGCAAUCAGAUUGUCAUCUAUGUUGUCCCUGGUGGAUACUUGUCACCCAAUCCUUCUUCCGGAUCAGUUCCAUUCACUGGUACCAUCAUAAAUGGUGUUUUGUAUGGUAACUCUCCUAAUGGCAGCAGUCUUGGAAACGUUGUUGUGAGCAACAAUGGUCAGCUUCAAGUUGUUGGAGAAAAUACUGGCUCUGCUCCUACAUGGGUCGCUAGCAAUAAUGGAAUUUCUCCUUCCAACCAACAAGUCAUUUCAUGCCCAAACGCCCAAGGUGGCACUUAUCUCUACUGUGGCACAACUUGCCCUAACGGUGAUACCGCUCAGCAAGUAACACUCUCAACUGACCACACUGUUUCUCCUAUCUAA